AUGAAUGUUGAUGAAGGUAUAAACAGGCUUAAUGAAAAACUACAGCAACACAACGCUGGUAUCUUUGGAGCUGACGGAGUACAAGUAUCAAUGCACUCUUUGUGGUGCUCCAGACCAUCAGCGAUUCAGGGCAAUCAGUACAGCCUGAAAGAGUAUGACGAAAUUGAUUCAAGCCUAUCAAGACCUAUCGGAACACUUAACUGCAAACACUUUAUUUCAUACUGCAUUCUUUCAAUUUCUACUCCGCUUUACAGCAAAGCAGAGAUUGAAGAGGCGAAAAACCGCAGUAAUGAGAUUGUAAGCUACAAUGGAAAAGAGUGUACAAGAUAUGAAGCAUCACAGAAGAUGAGAGCAAGAGAACCCUUGAAAAAUCAGGCAGAAAUGAAGCUGAAUGCUCAGCUUAACAACUACAAAGACUUCUGUAAUCAGGUCGGAUUAACACCGAUGAUGAGCAGAACGAAAUACGUUAUAUAG